ACGGACUCUCAGCGGGGGAGUCGAUCCUCAUCCCUUCAGUUCUGUUCUACAAUUGGAUCUACUUUAAACUGACCACUAAAAAAAAUGUCGCCCUCAGUUUCCCCUCGCUACUUCUCAGAGAAAGAAGUGGCGAGACAUUGCACGAAGGAGUCCUGCUGGGUGCUGGUGGGGACGCGGGUGUACGACGUGACCAGCUUCCUGCGGAUGCACCCGGGCGGAGAAGCGCUGAUCUUAGGCCGCUCAGGGAGCGACAUCAGCCGGCAGCUGGACGGACCUCCGCACCGGCACUCGGAGAACGCGCGGAGGUGGCUGGAGCAAUACUACAUCGGGGAAAUCGAAGCGGAACACGCACAGAAUCAUUCAGAGACACUUAGACAGAGAGGAAACAAAUCGGAAACUUCAGAAGACACAGAUGAAGCCAUCAGCAAGUGCAACAAAGUCGAUGAUGAAACAGAUUUGGUGGACUGGAGGAAACCUCUGGCCUGGCAGGUGGGAUACUUGGGGGAGAAAUAUGACGCGUGGGUCCACCAGCCUGUUGAUCGUCCCAUUCGUCUCUUCGAGUCUGACUUCUUUGAGGCCAAUACUAAAACAGCAUGGUACAUUGUGCCAGCGGUGUGGAUGCCUCUUGUAAUUUACCUGAGCUGGUACUGCUACAGCUUACUGGCACAAGGGAGCACCAAACUGUACAUCACACCAGAUUACUCCAUUCUAAUCCAUAAGUACUUCUUCCCGUUCCUCUUCAUGCUCGGGAUGUUCAUAUGGUCCUUCGUUGAGUAUUGCAUCCAUCGGUUUGUGUUCCACAUGCGCCCUCCAGCCCACAAUUAUUACCUCAUCAUGCUGCACUUCCUGCUGCACGGGCAGCACCACAAGUCUCCAUUCGAUGGCUCUCGUCUGGUGUUCCCUCCUGGUAUCGCGUCCAUCGUUGUUGGUGGAUUUUACCUGGCUCUGCGCCAGCUGAUGCCCGAAGGCCUGGGCACGUCUCUGUUCGUCGGUGGUCUGUGUGGCUACGUCGUCUAUGACAUGAUCCAUUACUACCUGCAUUACGGCUCGCCACAGAAGGGCUCCUACCUGUAUGAUCUCAAAGCUUAUCACGUCAAACACCAUUUUGAACACCAAAGAGCAGGUUUUGGGAUCACUACUACGUUCUGGGACCAUCCCUUUAAAACGGUCAUCCCUAAGCAGGCAUUUUAAACACAACCUUUGUCACAAGUACCGGAAAGUGAGACCAUCUUUCCACUCAGACCUGGACCAUUGCACCACAGCUUUUUACUCCACAAAAAGACCUCACGCUCUGCUGCUUUGCUCAACAACCCAUCAUUAUCCUCAUCAUCCUCAUCAUUACUGUUUGUCUGCCAAUAUAGGAAAGGGCACUGCCCGAACUCUGGUUGAAUGUUGGGACGUAUGCAUACGGAUGCAUAUUAGAUCUAAAUUAAUUCUUUAUUAAUGUUGGAAUAAAUAUUUUUGUAGAGUCACUGGGACCACUUUAACCCCCUACAUUGUGUAAAUAGAAAUCAGAAAGUGUAAUAAGGUGUGUGGAUGUGAAGAAAAGGAACGAAUGAUGAUAGAGUGAAUAGUAGUGAGAGUGAAAGAAUGGUUUUGAACUGUAGUUUGGAUCUAAUGGUAAGAACGUAGGACCUUCAGUGGCUGUCCGAGCCACUGCUAGAGAGCGGAACUGUACUCAGGAACGCCCUUAAUUCCCACCAUGCUCAUGCAAAGCUUGUCAGUGUUGCUGCUGUAUUACAUUCUGUUCUUCUUCCUCUUUUCUUAUUAACCUGUGCAUUAUUUUAUUCAGAAACUUGAGCUCAUCUUAUCACUCACCUUCUCAUCCCAUUUUACCUCUUGGGGUUUUAUUUUGUGGAAGCCUGUGGUGUCGCUUCAUUUUGUAUCACUGUUUCUAAUGUAAGAUAUGCCAAGUGACCUAGCAAUAGAACAAUAUCCUAGCCGGGGAGCAGCCAUAGCCAUUGACUCCUUGAGUAACCCGUUAUUAAACGAAACAAACAAGACGCUAAGCUGUGACACUUUCAUACAGACACAAGGAACAAACAAUAGCACUCAAACUUCCUGAACAGGAAAUGCCGGUGUGUUGUCAGGGCUGCCGAAUCUGAACCUUUGAGGGUGUGACGCCGCGUGUCCGGAGAUCUUCGUCAGUACAGGGGUUGCCUGGUUACAGAAUUAUUAUAGGAAGAUGAUGCUCCAGGUGUUCGGAUGAGUUACACAUUACCAAGGCAACCUCAUUUCUGGGUUGACGAUUGUUAGGGUCUGACCAGGCUGUUAAUGGAGACCCGCUCACGUCGCCAAUGUAGGCUGAUUUCUCAUCGGUUCAUCUUUAUGUCCAACUCUGCUCUGUCCAGCGCUGUCACUUUGUCUUUUUUAAUCACCUUUUACGGUUCUGUGAGGUGUCUUGUAUCGGUUUCUUUUGUUUUUUUGUCUCCUAUUGUUUCUCACUCAAGUUUAAGUCACCAUGUCAGCCUGAAUACCCAAGUCAUGAUAAUAGUUGACGCUGUCAAAAGUUGAAAUCAAGUUCCCGUAGUAUCAGCUUCCUACAUGAACAAUUGCAAAGCUGUUAGUUAGUUAGUUUAUAUAAAUACAUUCUCCAGAAUCAAGGUGCUUUUUCUGAUGAGGUUUUUUUGCUAUUUUUAGAUUUUGGGAUGCUUUAGUCUGUUUUGCCAAACACGUUCCAGCUUGAAGAUUGAUAGUUUCAACACAAUACAUGUUAGCUAACAUUUAUUUAAUUUGUUCCACAGAUUUUUUGGACAUUUUUAAUAAUGAGGUGUAAGCAUCAGUACUUUCUACAUCAACUACCUUGCCAUUUGUUAAGUAAUUGCAUUUUUAGAUGUCUCACUGAUCAUUAGAGGCAGAAUUACUUAUUUACAUGAAAGAGGUGAUGAAAUAGGCCUGUGAUGCCUAAACUAACACCAAAGAAGCAGCCGCUAUUGCCUUGAUCAUUUGCCUAAAUGAUUCAAAUCUUAAUAGUUUCCUUAUUGAGAAGCGUCAGUAUGUAGGAAUAACAUUUUUCUUUUUGUUUAAAACGUUUAAAAUGGCUCUGAAUGGCAAUACUCUGAAAUAUGGUGAUCAAAUUGCUGCCGUGGGUCACGCCAAAUGCCUUUUUUGAGAAGGUGUUAGGCCACCACAAACCACCAUAUCUUUUCAAUAUGAAUUAUCCAAAUGUUUUGUACCGCAGCUUUAACAAACCCUGUACUGUGAUUUAUUAGAUAUCACCAUCGAUUACUGUGAUUACACCCAUCAGAAAACCAAAUGACUUUAUCUGCUCAGUGAACAUAGUCAGGGCUACUGAGAUAUCACUGUAAACACCACAGAAAAAGUUUGUGAACAUCUGUGUCUAUGUAGGUAUUUGCAUAAAUGAUAAAAGCCAUGUUUAGUUAUAUGUCCUUUAAUACUGCUAAAACCUCUGACGGCGUCAACUAUUUUAUUUCUUUUAAAAAUAACCACUCUGGUAAAAUAAUACAUGUGACAGUGGAAGUAUAAGAUAAAAUGUUCUGUAAGGUUAUUAAUUGUGAGGCCUGUUCUUGAAGGUUUUAUGAUAGACUGUAGAUAUGAAAUGGUGAAUCUGUUUCGUUUUUUUUUUUUAUAAAAAAAACCCCUGAAGUGCCUUAAAUGGGCACUCUCUACCUCCCUACAGCUUUUUCCACUCAAAUCAUGCGAAAAGUGGGUUUGUCCAGAAAGAGGUUAAAGGAAAAAAUGGUUUGGCAAAAAAUCAGACCUGCACAAUUUUCCACCCAAAAUGUCAAGAAAUAUUUGUGCAGACUUUGACCAUAAUUGACAGAUUUGAAGUAUAUCUGGUAUAUUAGGCAUUUUAUAAUUUAUUAGAUGAAUUUUAUUAUGAUUAUAACUUGAGUGUAAAAAUACUGGACUAAGCAUCUCAUUACUGGUUGACUGGUUGAUGGAAAUAAGAAAGCCGAGUAAAUUUGAUUAACCACUAGACCAUUCCUUACUGGGAUGUUCAGCUUAAAUGUAUAAAACGGGACAAAAUAAUUACCAAAAAUGGGACAAAAAUAUUUUUAUAAAUGCAUUGCACCCUUCUGCCUUUUACAGACCAGGUCACACAGGGUGUUCUACUACCAGUGGUUGCUUUCGGUUUGAUUAAAGUAAAACAAAAAAAUGAUAAUAAUAAAUGUAUUUGCAUUUGUUUACCUCUUAAAGUUUUAUUGUCUAAUUGAGAGUAAAAAGAAUAUAAAAUAUGCCUCUAAUACAUAUUGAUAUUUGUUUACUACUAUAUAUUUUUAUGUUGCAAUUUUAAAUUUCUAUGCAAUGCAAAUUGUAUUGUAAAUAAAUGUGUGUAAAUUUC